AUGACCCGGCCAGAGAUUUCGCGGCCCAUCGCUGUCCAUACCGAGGACAAGCGUUGGACCGUCAAAACACUCUCUCCACAACUGGACACGCGUCCAUCGUCUACUCAUCCUCCUUCCCAUAUAUCCCGCCCCGGGACACCGAACUCGUGGCGGAGUCAGGGUGAAUGGGACACCUACUCCGCCGCCAGUGACAGCCGGCCGACCACUGCUCGAAGUUCGUUUUCAUCCCGGUACACCAAUGGAAACCCUAAGCGCAAGACUGGUGCCAGUGGUUUGGGCCAGGACGACGGCUUCGUUGAGAAACCGUCAAAGUUUGUCACCGAAUACGGCUGGCCUAUUCUUCCCGACCCUUCCAACCCCGGCAAAAAGCUCACUCCGAGACAACUCACGACGCAGAGGAUCUUCUUCAUCCUUCUCGUUACUAUUCUCAACAUCAGCCUCGCUGCGAUCGCUUGUUUCGGAAACGUCGGCUUGGCGACCCUCGUCUUCAUCUUAUUCGUCAAGUGUAAGGACUUCGUGUCCUCGGUGUUGUCUCUGAUCUGCCUCACCGGAACCUCCAUCUACUAUCACUUCCGCCCGCCGGCGCCGGUCUCUCAACGCUGGAUCCUCUCACUGAUCCCCGCCUACUCGGAGAGUGAGGAACAGCUCAUCAAGACGGUUUACUCUCUGCGCGAUAAUGGCUGCGAUCCGCACCGUCAAGUUAUGUGCAUCGUCCUGGACGGGAAGCCGAGGAAUAUCAAGAGCGAGUUCUCGCGCAUUGUUGCCGACUUUGAACGCCCCUACCACUCCCUCAAAUACAAGAAGAGCGACCUCAAGAUCACAGCCGGCUUCAUGCAAGAUGUGCCCGUCAUUGUCAUUGAGAAGGUGAAAAACAGCGGCAAGAAGGAUUCACUCGUACUCACUCACGACCUCUUCAACGCGCCUCGCGAGAACAUGCCCACAUACACGCGCCUCCUUCGCCAGGAAAUCUGGGGCACGAUCCUUCCCCAGCUGACCGAAGGCACCAAUUUCCGCGCGUUCGACAUGGUCUUCUGCACCGACGCCGAUUCUGUCAUUCACAAAGGCUGCGUGGCCAAGCUUGCCAAUGCCCUAGCACGCGACAAGAACGCCAUCGCGACCUGCGGGCUCGUCCUUGUGGAGCUUGAGCCCGGGUUUGAGUGGUCGUUCUGGAACCUCUACCAGCAGCUCCAGUACACCUUUGGCCAGUUCGUCCGUCGCCGUGCCGAGGGCUUUAUCGGCAAGGUCACUUGCCUGCCUGGCUGCGUUACCAUGAUUGCUGUCCGCAAGGAGAUGGCCGGCGCAAUCGCAAAGUACGCCCGUCCAGUGAAGGCGGACUGGGUCGUUCAUCACCAGGUCCAAAACCUCGGUACAGACCGUCGUCUCACGUACUGCAUGCUCAGCCAGGAUAAGAAGCUACGCACAAUAUUCGUGCCCGACGCCGUCUCGGAGACUGUGGCUCCUCAGUCAUUCAAGCACUACGUCCACCAGCGUCGACGAUGGGGCUCCAACGCCUACUUCAACAACUACUUUUACUGUGCCGGCGAGAACAUGAUCUUGAUCACACGGAUUGCCGCGGCCAUCGACAUUGCCCGCCAGACGCUUGUCUACUACCGUGUGCUCAACACGGUCCUCUUCAUCCGCGCGCUCGUCACCGCUUUCAGCAUCUGGGACAUCCUGCCACUUCUCGUGGUCGGACAGUUCCCUGUCAUCUGGUUCUGUAUCUGCCUGGCCGUGGAGCCCUCCUUGCGCCAACGAGCCCACAAGAUUGUUCUUGGGUUCUUUGUCAACAAACUCGUUUCGCCGUUCAUGUCCAUCAUCAUCUUCUCAGCCGUUGCUAUGAACCUCGGCAAUGCCGUCUGGGGCAUGUCAGGCGUCACGGCGUCGUCCGUGCCAGCUACACCAGCCAAGGACGAGCUGUCGAAGGCAGAAGAAGGAAAGGGUGGGGUGCAGCGGCCGCAAAGUCCCAUAUCACGUCCUCCAUCGCCGCCUGAAGUGCUUUGA